ACGCAAUGUAGUGGAGGAGCUUCCACCUCACUGAUCGGCACACCUUGAAGGGUAAGGACCAAAGUGAAGUGGUAGGGAGUCAAUUGGGACUGGCUGUGUUUCACACAAUAAAGUGCAGAUUGCAAUAAAACAAAAGUAUCAGGAAAAGAGACAGAACGAAAAAGACAGUGUCUGUCAGCCAGACCUUUAUUUGUUUGGAAAUUAGCGUCUCUGCGACAGUGAAUUGACACUGUCAUUUUCUAACCCAGAUUCAGCCCAGGGAGGCAUACUGUAGCAAGGAAAGAUAAUGUGUCACAGAGGCUAUCUAACGCCAUUGUGAAAUCCUCCAUGUCAGGCGGCCUUGAAGGACCUUAAGGGAGGGUUUUAUGGUGAAAGGGGCUUAUCUAAGCUGUAACGCUGGAGUAUAAGAUGCCUGAUGGCUGAGAUGGGGUAGACAUGCUGUUAAAGCACUGAGCCUCCAGACAAUCCGCUCUCAUUUUCACCAUAUCAUCCUCUCUUCUUCACCUCCUUUUCCAUCUCCUGCACCUCCUUUCUACCCCAGCUACUAUUCAGCAUGGGAGUCAAUUACAGCUUUGAAGAGGUUGAACUGAUCCAAACCAAGGACAACAACACGAGACACCACAAGCAUCCCUGCUGUCUGGUAGUGGAGAAAUACGAGCUAGCUGUGCUGUGCUGCUGUGCUGCCAUAAACUGGGGGAUCAUCACAGGGAACGAUUCAGUAAAGCCUCGAUGGAGCGUGUGCAGCUCAGAGGAGGGUAACCGCUCUGAGGGCGAGGAGCCUGAGGACAUACUUCCUGUUCUCCGAAACCACAGCCAGCUCCUCAACGACCAACACAUCGAGAGUCUAGCCAAUCACAUACCAGCAAGGACACAGGGGUAUCCAUGGAACCUGGUCUACAGCACAGCCAUUCAUGGCACCAGCCUGAAGACUCUGUACAGGCAAAUGGCCCACAUCGACAGUCCUGUGCUUCUGGUCAUCAAAGACAUGGAAAAAAAGGUGUUUGGUGCCUUCUCCUCCCAUCCCUUCAGAGUGAGUGACUGUUGCUACGGAACAGGAGAGACUUUUGUCUACAGCUUCGACCCUGCAUUUAAGGCCUACAGGUGGAGUGGUGAGAACUCUUACUUCAUCAGGGGCCAUAUGGACUCUCUACAGAUUGGUGGAGGAGGGGGGCUUUUUGGCCUGUGGCUGGAUGCUGAUCUGUACUACGGUGCCAGCUUCCCAUGUCACACCUUCAACAACCAGCCCCUGUCCACCCAGCAAGACUUCACAGUGCAGGACCUGGAGGUCUGGACUGUCCAGUAAACAGAGCGAGACGCUGAGAGACUCAGAAGCGGAAAAGAGAGAGAGAAAAAAGCUAGAGCCAUGUCUAUCUAUGGUUUACAACAUCGCUUUACUUGUGUUCAGUGAGGUUUAGCCUGUGUUCAAGCUGUUAAAGUACAGUAAGCUUAAUAUAGUAAGCUUGGUUUGUCCAAUGACCUUAUAUAUGAAUGGACAACGUUAUCGAUCACGUGACACCAGUCAUUCCUAUGUGAAAACUCAAUAGUGCAUUUGAAGCCAAGGAAGUCCAUUAAGAUGGCGUCUCAUGUGGGAGAUUUACAUAGGCAUUACAUGCUAGUUUGAGCUACUCCAGGAUGUGACGUUGCAGGCUAGCUCAGUGCUGCCCCCUCUCAUUGAGUAUUUCAUGUUAAAGGCAGAAUGAGGCAUGCUGCCAUUAGCUACUAAAUUAUGACAGUAACUUAUUCUGUGUGCGAUUUUAAAAUAAUUGGUUCAAGCACAUACAUCUGGGGUAUAAGACAUUUUUGUUUUUAUUUGUUAUUAUAUUUAUACGAAGAUUGCCAUCUUCCCAUUCACUGUUCUGGGGAUCCUGUGUUUGGCAAAUAAUGCCUGCAGUACUGUGGUUGGCCUUGAAUGAGAGGGGGCAGUCAUUCACCGCUGGGGUUGUCACGUGUGAAACCUGGUCUAGUGACUUUUAGGCUGGUUUUACCUGUGUUUUACCAGCGCGUAACCUAUUAUACCAGCAUUAACUCAGGUUGUAUCUGUGUUUUGCCUGGUUAACUGAGGACUGUAUGGUGAGAGAUAGACAGGCUGUUUUACAGUGUCCUACUGUUUGCUGCUCAAUACCUGCUACUGAACAAGCUCUGUCCAAUACGAGCAUUACAACUGGUUCUAGACAUCUAAGCUGUAAACCCUCCAUCAAUCCUUUGUUAUGGACAGCAUUUACAAACCAAAGCCCAUUUUAAAGUAAUAUCCUAUUUUCAUUACAAUUUCCUCAUAAGCUUUAAACUUUAUAGAGGCUAAGAUGAACACACUACUGUACUACCCAACUAUUUUGUAUUUAUUUAUGUGUCUGUGUUACAAGGGUACAACAUCAGAUGCCCCGUAGGGAUCCCUCACACACACAACACUCAGGUCUAGAAACAGCCACGGCAGAGUACUGUCUCUUAGAGCUGCUAAAAGUGGCCUCUAAUGGUUUGUACUAAAGGUAUGGGUUUAAAUCCAUGUUAAAUGUUUUCUUACAUUUCUAAAAGAGAAUAAUGAAAUUUGUUUAAAAGAAAGAAACAGGAUAUAAGAUGGACCAAUUGUUUUAGUUUGGCAUCUUUUUCACAUUCCUUUGAUGUUUUUUUAUAUUUGCUAUAAAAAAUAUAUGUAUAUAUAUAUUUAAAGAAAUGUUAUCCAGGGAAGUAUUGUGUUUUGUUUUUCUGUAUGUGUGCUGUACAGUGCUGGCACUGUUAAUGGCUCCUUAUUAAAAUUCUGCAUUUCCAGGUGACAAAAAAUGUGCUUUAAACUUGUGUGAUUAUGUGACUGAUUGUUUUCAGAUCAAUAAGCAUCAUUGCCUGGAAUAGUACUACUAAUAUUCAUCUCAUCAACAACAAUAUAAAAGCAAGAUUCAUGAUAACAAAAGGACAUAUGACAUGUUUUAGAUUUACCCAGUAUUUUGAAUUAUCAUGCCAGAUGCCCAGUCAUUUCUGUAUGUUGAAAUUAAGCUAGCAAUAGGUAGCCUAAGGCCACAUCAGUAAUCACUCAUUGUAUGAUUGGUUUUGAAAGAAAUUAUAAAAUGUCACAGCAUUCAUUUACAUGUUGCUGUACUGUCAAAGAAAGUAUGUUUGCUUAAUGAAAAUGACACCUGCAAUCUCAAAAGCAAGGCCUACAUAGGAUGCAGCCUAAUGUACUUUCACAACAGCUAAUGGGGAUCCUAAUAAAAUACAAAAUACCUAA